UUUUUUCAUAAAUUCCAGUUAGAGGAAGAAGAAAAAAGAAGAAGAUGGCCACUAUUUGACAUUGAUGAAUUGUUUUGUAAGCGAAGUAUUGGAAUUCACUGAUUAAAGUGGCCAGUUAAACCUAAACGGUUGCAUCAAGUGUGGGGCUUUAAAAUGGCUUCGGAAAGUGCUGCCUUGGGGAAUGGACAGAACAAUGAGGUGGACAGUGCCAACAUGGGCGAAGGGGAUGUGCCUAGCACCUACAGGCGUAUUCUGGUGGGGAUGGAUGGAACCGCCGACGCUCAGAAAGCUUUUGACUGGUAUAUGGACAACAUCCGCCAGCCUGACGACUUCGUCUACGUUGGCUACUGUCCAGCUGCCGGGUCUCUGUUCAACUUCGACAAUUUCUUCAGCAGCAUGUCCAGUCACGUGAUUGAGUUCCAGUCCAAAGUGAUAGAGAUACGAAAUUCACUGAAGGAAAAGCUGAAACAGUCAGGAGUCAAAGGCUGCGUACAUAUCCUCGGAGGCACCAAUGCCGGGCAAGCUCUCAUCAAGGAGGCGGAGACGGAGAAAAUUGACCUGAUCAUACUGGGCAGCAGGGACCACGGCAUCAUCCGAAGGGCGCUCCUGGGCAGCGUGUGCGGGUACGUGGUGCACCACAGCCAGGUGCCGGUCCUGGUGUACCACCCGCCCCUUCCCGCGGGAAGCGGCCAGAGGCGGCACAGCCAGAGCAGCAAGGCGGGCGACUUCGUUCGGCAGAGGUCCAGAAACAGCGAGUCCGACACCAAGGCAAGCUACGCAGGCUUGUAACCGACCCACCAGGCAACGCUGUCGACUUUAUUUAUCAUUGUCACAUUCCAUAGGAGGAGAAACUGUGAACCAUUAGAUUAACAUCUAGAGUCCGGAACUGAAGAUCUAGUAAUAACGUAUGUCUUCCUAAAUAGUCUGUUUAUUUGACAAUGGAACAGCAGCAAGAAAUGCAUCAUAUUUUAUUUUAACCCAAACAAAAAAUAUAAAUACCCCCUUUACAUAGGUCAGUGUUUUUUUUCAGCAUUGUGGGAACUCGGCAAUCGAGUUGAUUCCGAUGUAGAGAUUCAGGAAUAAAGAAAAGGUGGGAUAAUAGAUUGUGGAGGGGAUAAGAGGUUUAUAUUAAUUCAAAAAGUUGCCCCCAAAAUAUUGUUAGAGAAAUAAGAAGCUGUGAAGCGAGGUCUUUGGCUUAAGUUGCCCCAUUUAGCUGUAAUCAGCCCUACUUUGCUAAAUAUUGCCCUACUUAGCUAUAAAAGUCCUCUCCUGGGUCUGUUGUGGCAAAAUUGGGUCAUUAAUCUACUGCGUUCUUUCAUUCUAUUUCAUGUACAUACCUUGUAUUACGUAUUAGGUUUAUAAUUCUCGUUAUUCUAACGAAGGGGGAUAACUGUUUCACUGUGUAGAGCAAGGGAGAUCAGCCCGUCUCAUCAUGGGCGAUCAUUCUUCUUCGAUAUUCUUUUAUUUACCUCGUAAUUUUAUGAUGUUUUCAAUUUUUUUUUAAAAAGUAUUAUUAUUGUUUUGAUUCAUCAAAGUACUCAAUUGUUACACAUCUUUUUGAAGUGAAUAAAUGAAUUCACUGAUCACUGGCGUAAAUAGAUGGCGUUCUUUACUCGUAAUAUGUAUGCGCAUACAGUAGCCAUAUUGAAUAGAUUGUAAGUUACUUUAGUUUGUGCAAAAUAUUCCACGUUCAUUCUAGGUGGGCUAAUUGUGGAUCGCAGGUCAUGGCUUGCUAUCCCUCUGAAAUUUGUGAUAGACGGUGGCUGCUCCAUAGAAAAUUUUAAUAAACAGACCAAGAUCUGCUGGCGUUGUUCUCUUUACUGCCUCACUGUAAGAUCAGAAGCUGGUCGGUUCCUUGUAAGAUCAGAAGCUGGUCGGUUCCUUGUACGAUUAGAAGCUGGUCGGUUCCUUGUAAGACCAGAAGCUGGUCACUGUAAGCGCAUCCCAGAUAAACCUGGAACCACUUAUUACAGGUUACAGGCCCUUUCUGAAAAACCGCUUACACAAUAUACAUGUAGGCUUUAGACAAGCAAGCAGGUGUAAAAUGUCAAGAAGCCCUUUAUUUAGAAACGUGAUUUUGAGCUUGCAAAAUGAUGUAUAGUUUCUUUUCUAUUUCAUUCUUGUCUAGGGUCAUAGGUCACCGUCUCAAAUUUAAUGAUACUUUAUUCAUGUAGAUGCUAACACCUUUUAAAUAUGAGCGUGGGUUGAAGGGUUUGUGUUAACAUGGCCAAAGUGCAAUCAAAUCUUGUGUUAAAUUAUGAGGGAGCGUAUCUUGUCAUGGUGGCGAAAAGCGAAAAAUUAUAAGCGUUAGCCCUUAAAAAAAAAAAAGAGAAAUAUAUACAAGGAGGUUAUCUCUAAACUAAACAUUUUGUGUCCAUUUUUUGUGUGAUUCGAAUCAGUAAAGCCCAACACCAAUAGAGCUCUUAUGUUUGAAAAAAUAUAUUUCUUUACGAGUAGUGUCCAACACAAUAUGGGUUAGUGAAUGUGUAUGAAUGUGAGAAGGUUUUUUUGAAUAUUACAAUUUUAUAUUUUCUGUUUGAUCGUUGAUUUAGUAAAAAAUAAAGUUGGAUUCAAAAUCUG